AUGGCAUCCAUCAAGGCCAAUUGUCGCAAGGUCGUUUGCAUCGGCAGGAAUUAUGCUGACCACAUAACCGAACUGUCUUCGGCGCGCCCAGCCCAGCCAUUCUUCUUCCUCAAGCCUCCCUCGUCCAUUCUACUGCCGGGCAAAGGACCUAUCAUCCGACCUCGUGGGGUUACUAUGCACCAUGAAGUCGAGCUUGGAUUAGUUAUUGGGCCAACACCGAACUCAAAUGGGUUGAAGAACCUGCAAGAGUCCGACUCGAAGAUGCUAAGUUACAUCAAGAGCUAUUUCCUGAGCAUCGACAUGACUGCUCGGAAUGUGCAAGAUGAAGCAAAGAAGAAGGGACUGCCUUGGAGUAUAGCAAAGGGUUUUGAUACCUUCCUGCCCAUCAGCCAUGAAAUUCCGUUCGAUCGCAUACCGGAUCCCCAUGAUGUGGUGAUUUGGUUGAGCGUCAAUGGCAAGAUGAGACAGAAAGAUAAUUCCAACUUGAUGUUGUUCAAUAUCCACAGGAUGUUGAGCGACAUCAGCAAGGUCAUGACACUUGAAGAGGGCGAUAUCAUCCUCACCGGAACACCAAAAGGCGUAGGCCCUCUUGAGGGAGGUGAUGUUGUCAAGUGCGGUCUCGAGGCUGACGGAAGGGAAGUUGUCGAGGCGAAGAUCGAGGUAGAGGUGGUCGACGACACCACCGAAGGCAGCUACCAGUUCAAGGAGACAUGA